CAUCUUUUGAAAAAAAGUAGUCAACGGAAAAAAAUAAUUGUUAACAAUUUUUUCGUUUGUUCAAAAUAUGCCAAAGGCCAAAAAUGCCGCCCACCAAGAAAAAACGAAAAUUUCAUCGCCAGACGGACCGACGCAACGGCUUCCCACUUCCUCCACUGUGGGGCGAACGAAUGCUGAUGAACGACAGCCGCCUUACUGGAGCGAGAUUCCCGCCAAUGUUUUGAGGGAGAUUUAUCAGAGAUCUGCCGAUGUGGACAGAGCUUCCAUGGCACGGGUAAUGACUAUUACAUAUUAAUAAAUCAAAAAGUUUUUUUUUUACCUUUUGUUGUUGUUGUUUGUGGUUUUUUGUUAGGGGGUGGGGGGUGGGGGAGAGGGAUGUCGUUAUAUUUUAUUGGUCGGACUAUGGGUAUGAAUUACUUUGUACAUUUUAUAAAAAGUAAAAAUACAAAUAACAAAAGAUGCUAUGGAAUACAUUUGCUGGUCAUGUGGAUAACUGUUUGAAUGAAAUAUGGGAGAGCGGAUUGACAGAUGAACGAUCUAUAUAUAUAAUUCGCCAGAUGUAGGGCAAACAUAUCAUGAAAAAAGGGGGUAGGGGAAGGGUUGUAGCAAAAUUGGAAUUCUUAAAUGGGCUGUAACUUGAGUUCACGCUUUUUGUCAAGUAACUUUAGUGCGUGGCAAGCUCACGCAUUGCUACCGCCAAUGUUUUGGAGGGUUGCAUCUCACUUGCCAGCCAGGCUCACACCCCAACGAGCUCUCGGCGUAUGCUACCGCCAAUGUUUUGGAGGGUUGCAUCUCGCUUGCCAGCCAGGCUCACACCCCAACGAGCUCGCGGCGUAUGCUACGCCGAGGGUCGCCUACUAUAAUACAUUAUGUUAGAUGAAUAAAUAAACGGGAGGAAGGACGGAUGCGUGGGUCGACUUGUUAAUGGAUAAGUGGAUGCAUGAGAGGUUUGAUGUGAAUCAAUGGGUGUAUUGAAGGGUGGUUGGCUUUGGGAUGCAUGGAUAAAUAAGUGUCUGUUAUUGUUUUUUUUUAUGGAUACACCCAUUGAUGUUAAUUGCGUUUUAAUUUAGGAUGCCCCCGCGAAUAAAAUAUUAGUCAUAUUUAUAACUUAUUGAAUUGACAUUUUAUUGCUUGUGAUGUUAUAUCGUGUACUGACUUAAUGCUGCUUUAAAUUAUUAUAAUAUUUUUUUUAAUCAAAGCACAACACAUGAGCAUUUAUUUGGCUUGGAAAUGUUUUAUUUGAUUUUUACGGCGGGCAAUGAGCUGUUUAUUAUUUUCAGAACGGUUACAUCAUAUCGCCCUAUUACUAAAAAUAAACACAACUGUAAUUUACCCAGUUUUAGUCCACUAUUUCAAAUUGAUGGUUUGUGUCGUUAGUGUCAUAUUUUUUUUUAUAUACACCACUUGUUCUUAGAGUACAUUACAUUUCAAUUAAGUAAACGACAAAUCCAUAACUUAACAAUUACGACCACUUUGCAUCAUUCUUACGCGACCACAUCCUUAAAUUUAACCCUUUUUUUUUUCCUUGUCAAGGUGUGUAAGUCCUGGCGCGAAGGCUUUCACGACCCUUGUCUCUGGAGGAACAAGACUAUUAUGUUUUGCCACCACCAAGACGAACAAGCUUUGAAGGUUGGCGAUGGAUUUAAAUAUACAUGCGGUACAGUAACAUGGCUACUGAAUUAGGGUUACAACUAAAACACUGAUAAAACUAACAUUCGUGCUGCUAUGACAAAUUACGCAGCGUUAAAAUGUAAACAUACUGCUAAAAAUAAAAUACUGGUAUAUCUGAAAUACAGUAAACCUAAAAUACUAUUACAGUUGUGUUCAAUCACAAUGUGUAUUGAACUUGACGCAUGAUGUGCAAAUUGAGACUUAGUUUAAAGUAAAAGAAGAGGCAGAGGAAGUCAUAUAAUCUGGUGUAGGUCAUCAGAUGAUUGGUUGGACAAUCUAUUUUUUAGUGUAGUAAAUCAGACGGCCACAUGUGGACGACGUUGAUUGGGUGGACACGGUCUAAUUUGGUAUAGUAAAUCUUAGACUUAGUUUAAAGUAAAAGAAAUGGCAGUGGAUAUCAUCUUAUUUGGUGUAGAUUAUGAGACAACCACCCUGGCAUGAUGAUUGGUCAUGCAUCAUCUUAUUGGAGAUAAUGAUUGGGCAUACAUCAUCUUAUUUGAAAUAAUGAUUGGUCAUACACCAUCUUAUUUGGUGUUCGUGAUGAGACAGACACCUGUGGGCGAUACGUGUGGCUAUCAUCUUAUUUGAUGUAUUAAAUCGGACAGUCACCAGUGGACAAUGAUUGGGUGGACACUCUCUUAUUUGUCGCAGUAGAUCAGACAGCCACAUGUGGACGUUGAUUUCGUGUGCACCGUCUUAUGAGGUGAAGUAAAUCAAACAGCCGCAUACCGACGAUGAUUGGGUGGACACCUGACGCACAUGAGGUUUAUGCAGUUUAUCGAGAAUAGUUGUUUUCUUGUAACAUCCAUGCAGUGUCAAAUUAUCUACACAAUGCUUUUAAUUAUGCAAUAAUAUCAAGUUUAGAAAUUAAGAAAGAACAGCAUUAAGACAUCCUUUAAUGUACCCAGUUAUGGUGGUAAAUUAAAAUAACCUAUCGCUUAUCUCUGCAAUUCCCACAUACUCUACGGUCGUCCGUGAAUGUUAGUCUCAAGAGUGUUAAAACACAGUUUUUAAUGUACUUCUUACCAGGAAGGAAUGCAAUAAAACUUGUCAAGCAGUUCCCAAGAUAUCUGAAGACAUUGACGAUUACGUUCAUGCCAGCGGAAUGGCACUCAUUCACGGGAAUGAUGAAUGACUUCCAGACGUUCUCUAAACUUUUGGAUGACGCAAAUCUCAAAAGCAUUAUUUUUGUGGAAAUGGAGAGUCUUCGGCUGACAGGGCAGAUGCGUGCAAAUUUUUUUAAGGCUUUGAAAAGAUUAAUCGAGAAACAGACAUUUCUGGAGGUAAAAUUUAUUUUAGAUGUUUUGUUCAAAUUUGUUGCUAAGUCCAGGAUAAAAUGAGAUUUAGGUUAAACUUUGGUAUCAGGCAGUAUCAGCCAGGAUGAUUCAAUUUGGUUACUUCUUUUGUCUCAAAGGUCUAAAAGAUCCAUUUAUACUUUAGGGAAAAAAGGAAAACAGAUUGAAUAUAUAUACAUAUAUAUAUAUAUAUAUAUAUAUAUAUAUAUAUAUGACACAAUUUUAUGAAUGAGACAGAAGGAAUUUAUUUCAAUAAGUUUAUAUACCAGGUACUUUAAACUUUAAUGAUAAUAAUACAUAAUAGAAAUAUACAACAUUUAAUCUGUACUAAAAACAAAUAAAUCAAUAUAUAUAUAUAUAUAUAUAUAUAUAUAUAUAUACAUGUGUACUACCGGUAAAAGACUGAGAGCAAUAAGUCAGAAACAAAGUUAAAAAGAACGUUAAGGACGAAGGGCCUGUUAAUGUGUGUCAUAAAUUAGUAUUAUUUCAAUAAGUUUAUAUAACAGAUACUUUAAACUUUAAUGAUAAUAAUACAUAAUAGAAAUAUACAACAUUUAAUCUGUACUAAAAACAAAUAAAUCAAUAUAUAUAUAUAUAUAUAUAUAUAUAUAUAUGUACAUGUGUACUACCGGUAAAAGACUGAGAGCAAUAAGUCAGAAACAAAGUUAAAAAGAACGUUAAGGACGAAGGGCCUGUUAAUGUGUGUCAUAAAUUAGUUUAACAGAACGAUUUCCAAGGCGACUAGGUUUCUCUCUCCUAUAUUUGAUUUAGCGCAUUUUUUACAAAUGUAAAUCACCUUGCGACUUGUGCAAGGAAAGCCAUCUUUUAUUGGCAACAUUUCCAAAGAGAAGGAAAGCUUCCAACACUUCCAAGCUUUCAAACCUUUUUACAUGUUCCAUUGCGUAAUAAUUUUUAUAAUCGUAUUUAUAUUUUUAAAGAUUUUGUUUAUGGAUAACAUACACUUUGACACUGAGAGUGGUCUGCAGUUUCUAAAAAGUCUGGCCACUUCCUCUGGAGCUACCCUUAGCCUUCUGUCUAUAAAGGGAUUCUUCCUGAAGGAGAUUCCUACACUUAGAGAACGAGAAUGGGUCACAGGAUUGCAGGUUAUUGUCACUUGUGGAGAUAUCUUAUUUUUGUUUCACUUUCCCCUUGAUUUUAAUAUUCAAACAUAAAAGAAUCCAUAUGCCCUCACUUAUAAGUGUAUAAUGGUUAACUCUUUAUCAAGCGCACUGAUUGUCAAAACUAAGUGCGCUUCCCUGGCAAACAUUUUAGCAUCAUUUUAAGCCGGGACAUUUUUUUUUUUUUACAUAAUUCUCUAUAGAUGGACUCAAAAUGUUCAUCACUUCAGCCUGGGAUUAAUUCAAUUUUUUGUUUCUAUUAUUGCAGAAAUUGACCAAACUUCGCUACAUUCACAUGGACUAUGCAACAAUGUCUGAGGAAGUCAUCAAAUCAUGGACCAAGUCCAGUCCAUUACUUAAGUACAUUUGCCUCCAAGCUGAAGAAUUUUCGCCAGAUUGUACGUCUUUUUUUUUUUUUUUUUUUAAUUUUUGCCAUAUUUUUUUUUUUUUUUUUUUUUUUUUUUUUUAAAUUUUGCUAUAUUUACUUUCUGUCGUAUCAAGGUGAGCGAGGGGGUGAUGGAUUACUGUAGUCAUAUUUACAAAAUUGAAUAAGGUUUCAUUUAUAUCCACCUUCCGAACCUCAAGCCACUCCUCAUAGCAGAGUUCCAAGACAUAGUCAAAAAGAGAAAAAUGACGUAUUGGUAGUUGCUGAUCGAGUUCGUUUUUCUGUCGUUAUGUGGGAUUGUUCUUUUGUUGUUUUUUUUAAAUCAAGAACAUUAUACCUAUUCUACGGAUAAAGGUUGUAUUCAAUUCAGCUUACAAAAAUAUUCAUGGAUAUGUUAGUCGUAGACAAAAAAAAAAGUUUUUGAAAAAAAAAUGCGAAGGGGCGGAUAAAAAGAAAGGCAAAUUAUAGAUUAACUAUGUAACGGAAAAGUUCAACGGACAAGUUUAACAGACAAGAGGACGAGUUUAACAGAAAAAGGAAAAGUUCAACAGAAAGCUGACAAAUUGAACAGAAAGGACACGUUCAACGAACCAGUUUAACAGACAAACGGACAAAUUCAACGGACAUGUUUAUGUGUUUAGUAUGAAUACGUGGUCUCAAUAUGUGUAUAUUUUGUUUCGAUAGACGUACAUUGUCUCCAUGCGUGUACACGGUUUCGAUAUCUGAACAUUAUCUCAAUAUAUGUACAUUGUCUCACUAUUUGUGCAUGGUCUCAAUUUGUGUAUGUUGUAUCAAUAUGUGAAUGCUAUCUUAAAGUUCUUCAUGCCUUUUAAAAAGAAUUGUGAUUUUGAACAUAAAUUGUUUUAAAUGCCGCCCACCUUUCAGCUGCUUUGAUACAGAACACGUCAAGAACUUAUUCUGACAUGCACCAAUCUAUCAAUGUUACAUUUCAUCAGUUUGGACAUUCAUGAGAAGGUCACGCCGUGCCUACCCCCUAUCAGAUCAUUUAAUACCGUGUGAAGCGUGGCAAGAUUUGGUCACAACCCACCCAGAUUUGACGGUAACCCUCAAGGUCGAAGAGAUCGAGAGCACGAGGAAAAUGUUGCCCAUAUUAUCUCCAGCCAUCCCGAUGUCUAAAUUAAGAUGGCAGGUGAGGGAAGAUGGAGCUACAUCGGAGUCUGAGGUAGGAUCAAGUCUUACGAUGGUUUUGUAGAAUCUGGGCAUCUGACUCUUUAAAUCUCAUUUGUACUUAAAGCAAUCGACUGCAAAGAGGGGGGGGGGGAAAUAUUUUUUUUUUCGUGUGUAAUAGUUUCCUUUUAGUUUUAGUCGUUUAACGCACACUCAUUGGCUGUGUUGUGUAUUUAAAAAAAGAUACAAUUUCCAUUAUGAUACUUUUUUGUGUGCAUCAGCCAUUUUGACUAGAUAUUUAUGUCUGUUAUGGCAUUAAUGUCAGGGGAAACGGAAAACCAAACGUUUUGUGAUGGUUUAGGCCUUGAGGAAACGCAUACACUUCUUGGACGGAAUUAAUCAUAUUUUAACAAUUGAGAAAAACGGAGAAAGAGGCUCAAAGAGGUCUGUAUGUCUAUUUUGUAGGUUGAGAACCCCUGACUGAGAGACCAAUUCGCGACUGCCCUUACCACCUAAAAUGCACUUCUCUUUAAUGCAGCUGAUGAAGGAAUAGAGUUUUGGUGCUUAGUAUCCAGGCCAGGACUCAGGGAUUUAGAUACCAUAAUUUCUUAAACAAUUCUGAUGCUCACACAUGAUUUCCAACUAAAAUUGUAACACAUCGAAUCGAGAGAUGUAAAUGUUAAAUAAAUCAUCCCUUCAGGGAUGUCAUUUGGGUAGUGCAGGGUCAGGCAUUUGCUCCCUCCCUCUUAAUUAUUUGAUUAUUUAUACUUAAUUUAUUUAUAUUGUUAUGUACUGUGCACCUCUUGUAAUAAACAACAAGCCAACAAAGUCUACUUUGGCCCCCAACCCCCUUGAAAAAACCUGACAUGACACCCCAUGGCUACACUUCAUACUUUACAUGACAUGCAUUCCAGUAGCCUCUGAACUGAUUUAUUUUUCGUUUUUCGCAUGCAAAGAUAACCAAGGCGGUCUUUGACUUGAGUGCCAACCUUGAAUUGAGCCGUAUUUUGUUUAAAGUGCUCAUUUUCGUCAGACUCACUCUGGCGUCUUUGCCUAUUUAAUUCAAUGGCAAUACUUAGGCAAGACGAGAUAGACGAGGAUGCAAUAGAAGCCCAUUAAGGAUUUUUGUUCGUGUUCACUGUUCAUUUGACCAGUUCCACAACACAGUUGUCGGAAUUUUCAUUGAUAUAAUGUCAUACUGCCUCUACGGGGCUACAUCUUCGGGUUUCAAUGUAGAAUUUGUCUUCCUUUAGAUCAUUUUCCAUCCAAGGUUCACAAGACCCAUACACCCAGGAUGCUAGUGAUGUCUUUGCUUGUCUAGGCUCUAAUUGGGGAGUGAAAUCUUUCAUGAACUGGUUCUGUGAAUGUAGUUUUUUUUUUGUUUUUUUUUGCAAGGCGUUUAUUUCGUAGGAGGGUGACAGGUUUUGUGAUGGGGAGUUGUAAUUGGUCGGGUUAUACAAAAUCAGAGGUCAGUUCGUGGGGUCAGUUUAUGGUUUCCAGUAUCGUCAGUAUUGUUACGGCCUCCAAAUUUUACAGCCUCCUUCCUUUGUCAAGGGGGUUACAAACUACAAUGGUGACUAAUCGAUAUCUAACCUUAUGUCAGACCUGUAUUGUUAACUCUCUCUCUCUCUCUCUCUCUCUCUCUGUCUCUCUCUCUCUCUGUCUCUCUCGGUCAAGUAACUCAAACACAGACUAGUCCAUUGUAAAAUACGUAUUUAUUUACAUGUACUGAAGCAUCCACUUGUUACAAAGCACAGUUGCUACAAAUUCAUCCAGCAGAAGAAUACACUCCUCAGGCAACAAGCCAUACUUACUUACUUUCAUUGAGCGUUGCAAUAGUGACGUUAUAAAACUGCGCCAGUGAUGAGAAAGAAGACCAUAGACUUUGACACACCAAACUGAAAAGGUGUCAACCAACUCCAGUCCACAAGCUUGGGAUUUUCUCAGUUCAGACUCCCCGGGUUACCAAACAUUUUCUUAAGAGACUCUCCUCCCCUCACCCCAAAGAAAAAGUACAACUUAUAAAGUGUUCAAGAUACGACAUUCAGCCUUUGUUCGGUGUGUUUAAACAAUAGCCUGCCAUUUCAAAAGCAAACAAUUAUAGUUAUUUUAAAAAAGAGGAGACCAACAAAUUUAAGAAAAUCUAUUGCUUCGAUUCAUGGGUUUAUAAAAGACAAAAAGGGUUAUAUUAUGUGGUUUGGAAUAAAUGAGGCCAUUCAGAGAAAGUAAGAUGGAUAAGACCAUGAAUACAACAUGAUAAACCUUAAAGUUGAAUUUAUUUAUUUUUAAAUGUAAUGGAAAACCUUAAAAAACGUAUAAGAAGAAAAAAAUGGCUUCCAAUUAAAGGCUGGUAUAUAUUUAUUUGUUUUCAUUAAAUUUACCAGAAAAUACACACAAACACACACACAAAACAACCAUCAAAAGACCCUUGAUAGUAAGAGAUCGAGUCUAAAAUCUGGUAUCGUAGUUCAUUAUGCAAUUAGUGAAUCAGACUUUUAGAUACCCCCACCCAAACCAUGUUUACGCUUCUGACCAAAAAAAAGGUAAUAUAAGAAAUGUAUUUAUACUUUAUUAUAAUAAUAAACACAUUAUAAACAAAACAAAUACUUGCAUAAAAGAAAAUGUAUUUUAUCAUAUUUAAAUUCUUACAAUUUCAGUAAAAUCUUACACCAUUACUAUGAAUGCAUGUAAGGAUCCAAUCGUUGCAUCGGAACAUUUAAGAUAUUUAAAAUAUAUAUCAGAAAAAUGGCUCCACACAAAAUAACUGUAUAUCGUGUUUUCAGCUAACCGAAUUGCUUCAUCGUGUGGCCCGCUACCAUAGAACAAUAAAGGAACUCUUCUUGGAGAUACCAGGAGACUUCCCACGUAUUGAUACUGUUUCGGUACAGAGCAUCUUGUCUAACUGCAGAAAUUUGUAAGUCUGUUUUUAUGUGUGUGUGGUGUUAGAGAUUAUGACGGUGAGCAGUGAGCACAAAUCAUCCCCUCUAAUUAUUCGAAAACGGAGCCGCUGUUUCCCUACCUGAGUUCCUCGAUUCAUGGAAAUGGGCGAUAUAACACAUGACCUUUUAAUUGAUAAGAUCUUCCUUCAAGCAGUUUCGUCACGAGUAACAAUAGAGCUGUUUUAUCUAGGUGGAAGAACAUAUCACAGAGGACAGUUAAGAGACGGGCCAAAUAUAAAUAAGGAAAUUACACAUAUUCCGGAGGGAUCUGUUGAUUGCAUCGCGCUAAAAGCAUUAAGAAGCAAAGACAUUUUAAACGGAACAAGAAAAUAAAAUGGGCUAUGAAAUAUAGAAAACAAAGUGGACAUAAAUAUAGACAAGAAAAAAAUAUUAACUAAAUGCAGCUUUAUUUAAAUACAUCUUAUUUGCUUCAUGGGUGGGGAAAGUUAGGUGGGUGGGGCGAAAUAUUGGACUUGAUUUUAGCCAGUAAUAAACAAUAUACAACUGCGAGUUUCGUUAAUUCCUUUUAGUUGCAAAUAUUUUGUGAUUCUGUAUUACGCGAUUCGAAUAAAAUAGUGUUUAACUUUAUUAACAUUCCCUUUUAAUGCUUUGGUUAAAUAUUUCAUCUUUUAACGCACAUGAUAAUCAAGGCUAAAAAUGUAUUCGAUUAUUUUAAAGAUUAAAAGACCAAAAGGAAAAAAAAAUGGAGUGUUGUAGAACUAUAAGUAAUCGUUUAGAAUCCAAUACUUAAUAUGCGGGAUCGUUUUCAUCUUUCAGACUGCCAUUCACAUGCGAGAAAUCCGUCUAUUCAUUUACGGAGAGAAAUGUUUGGAGGCUCAGACAGGUCAAUUCAAAGCUCUCAAAGGACACCUAAACAUUAGCAAAUGUCCGAGGCAUUUGAAGACUUUUUUUGGGGGUCAUCGUUUCAUUUGCCAAUUCGUAAAGUAUCUUAGCCCACAUACAACAAUGUCAAAUUCUGUUAAACGGUUAUUCUAUAUAUAUUUGCGAUUUAAAUAAAGGCAUCAUAUAUUAUAUUUUCUUAGAACCGUUUAAAAUUUCGUUUCCAAAAAAUACUAUAACUAAGACACCAAGUACGGCAUUAGAUAAAUAUGCCUAUUUACCAAAAUAAAAC